GUUUUUGCUCGCGCCCUUUUUUGUCUUUGCAAACCCUCGAUUUUAAAUUCAAAUCCAAUUUAACAUUUAUAUUUGCCCAUACAACCACACCCACACACUCACUCACCCCCAAGGUAAGACACUUGUUUUUGUUGUUGUGCUAACGAAAUACAUUCUUCUUCUACCAACCAACUCGCACUUAGAACACACAUACAAAAAUAUAUACACGCAUACGCGCGCUCAAUGGACCAAACCUCACAGCUUGCAGCCGGCAGGCUGGACGACUUUGGGCUUGUAGACUACGAGUCACCAAGCCUCGGCCCUCAGGAAUCCCCUCAGUUUGCACCCAGCUAUACAGCCGACGCACUGCCAGAACCCAACGAUGAACUCAUCGACUAUGAAGAGUUUGAUGCCGACGAAGACGAAGACGAGUUGGAGCAUCAGAGUGAGAAGGAUAUCUUGGAGUUUCCGGAUCAACCAGCGUCUGACGACCACGAUAACCUUGAGCACCAGGAUAACCUUGAGCACCAGGAGUAUGCUCUGGUUGAGGCUGAGCAAGAGCACCUUGAGCAGGCUCAGCUUGCAUCUGAGCAGGAGAAGCGUGAGCAGGCUCAGCUUGCAUCUGAGCAGAAGCAGCGUGAGCAGAAAGCGCUCCAAGAACAUCCUGAGCAGGAUCAUCUGGGGCAGGAGCACCUUGAGCAGGAAGCGCUGCAAGAACACGAACGGCUUGCACCAGAGCAUGGUCAGGGCGAGCUUAUCGGGCAGCAACAAAACGAGCUGAUUGAGGCCAAGCAGGAGCACCACGAGCACGGCCUGAUUGAGCUUGAGCAGCAGCACCAGGACCAGUCCACUGCUGAAAAGCACUGGACUGAUGGUCUGGCGCAGCCUGAGCUAGUAGAGGAGCAAGCCUAUGGCGAGCAGUUCGAGUUUGAGCAGUUUGAGCAGCUUGAGCCCCCCGAGCCGCACGUGUCGCAGCUGCCAGCUGCGGUCAGCGACGCCAGCGCUAACUUCGCUGUUAAUGCCAACGACGAUGUCCAGACAAUUGGCAGCAGCGACAACGACCACGAUGCCUUUUCUGAGCUCCCAGUGGCUGACGGCGACAGCAUUGACUUUGACGCGCCCGACCACUCGGUGAUCGACCUCACGCAGGAUAUUCAUGAGCCCAAAAUUGACGUUGACGUUGACGCUGAGACUGAGACCGAGACCGAGCAUCAGCUCCGGGGCUUGCGUGUGCCUGAGACCUGGGUGUUUAGCGACGGCGAGUGGAUGAUUUACCUGGGCCCUGGCCAGCCGUCAUACAGUGUGGAUUACCAGACUGCUUUGUUCGAGAUGCCGCUGGAUCAGCUCAUUGUUGCCCUUCACAGCGACAUUCUGCUCAAGGAGGACAUGGAGCUGUCGCUGGAGUUUCCGUCAUUGGCCUUGGUCAUCGAUCAGCGCGAUCAAGAGAGCGCCGCGCUCAACCUUGCUCAGAUAUAUAACUGCCAUGUCGCAGCCGUCCGCCUGGGAAAGGUCUCUGUUGACAUUCUCAAUUCGCCUUAUUUCUCCUAUUCAUCUUCGCAGACAUUUACUCCUUCUCCUGAAUCUUUUGCCUUUAUUAUCCACACCCGCCCAACCGUUCACACCACCAUCUCCCGCAUCAUGCAACUUGUUGACGAGCUUGAGCACAUCGACAGCGCAGGCGUGGACGCUCACGCCGAGCACGGCCAUGACUACCAGUCAGAGGACGACGAGCCCACGACAGUGCCCAACGGGGCGUACGAGCACAAUGCGGAAGAUGAGGAUGCAGAGGAGCCCAGUGCCGCUGAGCUGCUCCUCGGCGACGAUAGUCUCGGUGAGGAAGACGAGGACGAGGACUACAUCUCUGAAGGCGAGGACGAGGGCGACCACGUUCUCGGCCCCGAUGCCGUGCGGGCUGAGGCUGACUAUGAGCUUGUCGACGAUUACAAUGGGGAGGACGACGAUGACGAGCAUGACGAUGACGAGCAUGAGGACGACGAUGACGACGAGGAGGCUGGUGACGAUUUCGAGACGCACGUCGACUCGGAUACCGGGUCGCCGUCGAACAAGCGCGCACAGGACUUAAUUUCCACGAGCAACCACACCGACGACGAGGCCGAUGUCAACGAUGAUGACAACGAACCGCCGUCUGCAAAGAGAGCGAGGGGCGCUGCCCAGAGCGCGCUUGUGGAGGAGCAGCAGCCGGUCGAGGACAUUGCUGCCGAAGCGUAAUCAGUGAUAUUUUAUGUUGUUUGUUUAUUUUAUAUUGCGAGGUGAAAUACACCCGCAUUACCUUUCACUAUAUUGCAUUUAUAUAAACCAUUUUAU